GCGAUAAUACCGGACAAAAAAAAUGAAAAAGAACAGACACACAGCAAAUCUGUCACUAUCUGAGAGCAGAGUUAAACUGACACCACCAGUUUCAUUUCUCAGGUGCCGAGGGUGCAGCUGCCGAUUUAUAAACACCUCCCCCAAUUCAGCUUUACAAACCUUCACUCUGUGCAUGUACAUAAAGCAGCAGCGUCCUCACCGUCCUCUGUUGGAAUUCUUGAGGUAGUUUCUCAAAGUGGCCGAGCAAGAGAGACUGGCCGACAGAGAGAGAGAGAGAGAGCGAGUGUGUGUGUGUGUGUAAGCAACCAGACAGUGGAUGGGGGCGGCACUCCUGAAGCUUUUUGGCUGCUCCCCAGAGUUGACAGAUCCUUUGCGUUUCCGCCAGCUCACUUACCUUGACGUUUCCCGAGCGAUGGAGAGAAAGAGAGACCGAGGAUCGGUAUAUGAGUCACAUUCUGAAGAGAGCCAGCGGUAGCGGCCGGGCAAUUCAACUGUUCAGCUGAAAUUCUACAGGCGGUAGCGGCGGAGCCUGGGGCUCCAGGAGAGAGAGACUUGUGGAGACAGCGGCGGGGCUUUAUCUUCUCCCUCUCUUUCUCCUUUUUGUACCUGUUUGCAGUUUGGGUGAUCGGUAGCACCUGAGCCAAGGAAGGCAGCUCGGCAGGAGAGAUUCUAUAAAACCCAAACUCUUUUCAAAUCUGAAAAAAACCCAGAAAACAACUGCACUCCAGAGGCGAGAGGAAACUAUCUGACUAUUGAUCGACUCCAACUUUUUAUUUUACUUCUCCCCACCCCCUACCUUUCGGAUUUUUUUUUUGCCAUCGCUGCUGCCCCCGGACCCUGAGAGCCGAUGGAGGCCGGUGUGGAAGAUCCUUUAGCCGGCAGGAUUUGAGCCUGGGUUUGUUUGUUCGCGCUGUUUUUACAGGUGAAGAUUAUUUUGGGUUUUUUUUUCUCCCUCUUCCCCCCCCGCCCAAACCCCGCCUUUUCUUUUCACUGGCUGCCGGGGUUGGUUUAUUUACAGUACUGCGAACUUGUGUUUUUUUCUCUGUUAAAGAACACACAAGGGGGAAGGAGGAGGAGGUGGUGGUGGAGGUCGGAGUUGAAUGGGGAACCAGGUGGAGAGACUGACCCAUCUGAGUUACGCCGAGGUACCGACGGCGGAACCGGCGGGGACGGAGCCGGGACCCCGCAUCGGGGUCUCGUACAUCUUCUCGGUGGAUGAGGACGACGAGUUGGGCGAGGAGCCGGUGGCCGGAGAGGUCGGUCCGGACAGGCGGUCAGCCCCCGGAGGGGACAGGGAGCAUGAGCGGGAUAAGGAGGAGGAGGGCGGCGGCGGCGGCGGGGACAGGGAUAGGGACACGUACGACCUCCUAAACGAGGUGGAGUGCUCCGUCUACUACCGGGACCAGUGCAUCUACGAGAAGAGAAGGAGGGCAGGCCGCUCGGCCAAGGGAGACGGCCAGGAGCUGCUGACCCCUCAGCCGGCCGAGAUCCUGCUGGGCAGGUGCCAGCCCGGGGACCUGGUGGAGUUUGUGGCGGCGGGUCAGUGCCCGCACUGGGUUGUCUACGUGGGCGACUUCCAGGUGGUUCACCUGCACCAGGCGGAGAUCCGCAACGACUUCCUGACGGACGCCAGCCAGGGCCGGAGGGGCCGCCUGGUCAGCCAGCGGUACCGCUUCAAGGCGCUGCCGGCGGACGCGGUGGUCCGGGCCGCCCUGCAGCAGGUCGGUGUACGGGGGGCUCAGCUCCGCUGGAGCAGCUCCGAGUGCUUCGCGGCGUGGUGCCGCUGCGGGCGCCGGGAGUUCAAGGUCGGCGGGGAGCUCCGCAUCGGCAAGCAGCCGUACCGCCUGCAGCUUCACCUGUCCGAGCACAGCAGCCACACGCUCGAGUUCCAGAGCCUGCACGACCUGGUCCUGGAGAAACGCCGCAACGACCAAAUCGGCAAAGUUGCUCUGAUCCGCGAGCUUGCCGCUCACCUACACGGCGACGAGCAGCAGAGGACUGACCACCCACACCCCCACUGAAGGCCUGGCACUGACCCCACCAUCCCAAUACUGAGAGGGUUAAACCUGGGACUGACCCCACCAUCCCAAUACUGAGAGGGUUAAGCCUGGGACUGACCCCACCAAACCAAUACUGAGGGGGUUAAACCUGGGAGUGACCCCACCAUCUCAAUACUGAGAGGGUUACACUUGACCCCACCAUCCCAACACUGAGAGGAUUACACUGAUCCCACCAUCCCAAUACUGAGAGGGUUAAACCAGGGACUGACCCCACCAUCCCAAUACUGAGAGGGUUAAACCUGGGACUGACCCCACCAUCCCAAUACUGAGAGGGUUAGACUGACCCCACCAUCCCAAUACUGAGAGAAUUACACUGACCCCACCAUCCCAAUACUGAGAGGGUUAAACCUGGGACUGACCCCACCAAACCAAUACUGAGAGGGUUAAACCUGGGACUGACCCCACCAAACCAAUACUGAGAGGG